AUGCCACCCCUAUCCCCUGCUCCCAGGGGCCUGGAUGCCGCCCAGGAGACGAGUGUGAUCCGCAACAUCGCGCGAUACGCCCACAGCCAGGCCAUUGAGGCGGAUGAGAUGGAGAUUGACCAGUUUGAGUUCAACGUGACGAGUGCCGAGAAGCCCCACAUCCAGAACGACGUCGUCACACUGCACCGCAGGGCGGCCAAAGACCACCGUGUCAAGCUGGCCAUAUCCUACGCACUCAGCCAGUCCACCAAGCUGUCGCUGUACGAGCGCCGCGUGGUGGACACGGUGCUCGAGACGAAGCACCUGCCAGAACAGCUGGCGGCCACGGGGCAGGUCAACUGCUUGCCUGCUGUUUGA